UUUGCAAUAAUAGUACACUGCAUCGCCAAUUCGUAGGUUUGUGUCUCUGAAUUACGGAUUUCGAUUGUUUAAUGAACCCUAACCUUAAUAAUUCUCCACAAGGAAGCUUUGCGAGCCCCCAUCUACGAAUCGCUGAUUUUGUGUUCGUCCUCUGAAUUUUGAUGGAAAGCUCAGCUUCCUUGUUAGCAUUUAAAGGAUCCGUUCCUGAAGCAAUAAAUGAAACAAGGAGCCAACAAAAGAUUCUUUUGGUUUACAUAUCAGGUACAGAUGAAGCUUCUUGGAGCCUUGAGCAGUCCACAUGGAUGGACCUGGAUGUGAAGGCUUCAGUGUCAAAGCACUGCAUUUUCUUGCAUCUCAGAGAGGGAAGUCUUGAUGAAAAGCAGUUUUCUGUUUGCUAUCCACAGAAAUCUGUCCCGAACAUUUCAGCAGUUGGGUAUAAUGGAAUUUUGCUCUGGCAGCAUGAUGGUUAUGCCAGUCCUGAAACAUUAGUAGCUGGUAUACAAAAGGCAUGGGAUGACUUCCAUUUCCGAGAAACAGCUGCAGCUAUCAUGACAGCUGCACUUCUAUCAAAUAAUCCACAAAGUUCAAGUUCUGAUGCAUCGUCUGUGGGGCAUGGAGAGUCUUCAAUACCUGCUAAACCAUCAUCAUCUCCAACAAAUAAAGAGUCAGAGCGCAAACCAUCAGAUGCCUCACUGCUAGAACCGAAAAGCAAUUAUCGUGAGCCUACACCAAAACUUGAAGAAAGUGAACUCAGCAUUGGCACUGCUGCUGAAGGGACUCAUUUCCCACAAUCAGAGGGUGAAAGUGUUGAGCAAAAAAGUCCAUCAAGUGAAGAUACUAAAAGUUCUUUGAUUCCCGAGACUGCUGAUGUAUCUUGCUCUACUGUUGAUGUUAGGUCUUUUGAUAUUUAUGGUGGUAGCCAUGCACAACAGAAAAAUGUUUCUUUGGAUGAUAUGCAUAGUACAAGUACUGAAGAAGUCGAGGGGUUUCCUGCUUUUGAAUAUGUGGUUCCACAAGAAAAUACUCAGACAGUUGCCAAUGCUCCUGAAAUUGACCACUGCACUUUUGAUGCUAAAGUUGAUGACCGUUCAUCUCUUACUAAAUUGAGUGAUGUGCAUCUGCAUAUUCGUUUUCCAGAUGGCAAGAGCAUUAAAGAAAAGUUUGAAGAAACAGAUACUCUUGGAAUGGUUCGAGAGUACAUAAAUGAUAACAGAACGAGUCAAAUUGGACCAUAUUCUUUGGCAGUCCCUUACCCACGUAAAAUAUUUAGUGAAUCAGAAAUGAGCAAAACGCUUUUGGAGCUUGGGAUGGGUAGCAGGGAGGCGUUAAUCAUCAUUCCCCGCAACCCAUCCGUUGAGCCCCGCAGAGGACAAACAUCUUCACAAGCAAAUGCAGCAGGCAAUUCACAAGAUCCUUCUCAUGAAAGCAGUCCUGGUUUAAUUUGGAGGAUGUUAUCCUACCUCAAUCCAUUCUCCUAUGUUGGUGGUGGUGGUAUCACCAACUCAUCAGAUCAUCAACAACAGGCUUCCUUAUCCAAUGCAUGGCAGUAUCGGCCGAAUGCAAAUCUUCGGAGUUCCCUAGCAGGCUCAGAGAGAUCGGAUGCCAUGUAUAGGAGCCAAACCAGUGCAGGGGAAAGGGUUGUUAGCAGUGGCAAAGCAGCGACCAAGCGUUGGGGAGGCAACAUCCACACCCUAAAUCAUGACGAAAAUGAUGAUGCAUCCCGUGACAGAAAUACUUUCUGGAAUGGGAAUUCCACUCAGUUCGGUGGUGACAACAAUAAAUGAAUUGAGAAUUUGAGUUUCUUUUGCUGUUUCUUUUAUUUUUGGGAGUCUGAAAUUUUAGUUUAGUGAGAACAUUGUGGGCUUUAAUGUUUGCAUACCCCAAGAGAUAAUGUAUCAGUUAGACUUGGAAUAAUAUUAAUGCAGAGUAAUAUCCUUAAUAUAAAAA